AUGAGUCCAGUCGGGAGCCCUGCGUUGAAUGUCACCCAACACCUGGGGGUUCAAUACGCGAAACUUAAGAAUGCCUUUGCGGAUGCUGAGAUCAUCAACUAUGAGUCCAUCGCGGCGAUGAAGAGCGGAAAGCAUGGACCAUCCGCAGUUCAUCCCCCAAAGUGCUGCGAGAAAGAAUUCAAUAUUAUCCAGCAGUCGUUGCCCGUCCCGGAGUUCCCACAGUCGGCCACCGAUUGUUUGAAUCUGAAUGUCACCGUUCCAGGUCAGGUUGGAAAGACAAGUGCACUUCCCGUAUUCGUGUUCAUUCAUGGGGGUGGCUUUGCUCUUGGCUCAAACGCAUGGCCACAAUACGACCUGGCGCGAAUCGUCCAGUUAUCAUCAGAUCUAAACAUGCCCAUCAUUGGGGUCAAUAUCAAUUAUCGGUUGGGACCUUUUGGCUUCAUGACGUCCGAAGAGUUUCGAAGCCAUGGCUAUAGUGCCAACAAUGGACUGAGAGAUCAAAAGACUGCGCUCCAGUGGGUGCAGAAGCACAUUGCUCUGUUCGGUGGAGACCCAGGUAGAGUGACCUGCAUUGGGGAGAGCGCGGGAGCCGUGUCAUGUAUGCACCUGGUCGAGAUGUUUGGCCCCGAAAGGCCCUUUCAGCAAGUUAUGAGCAUGGCUGGUACCCCUGCCAUGCUGAGGCCUCUCCCAGCAUUCGUCGCCGAUAGCAUCUACGGUACUGUUGUGGGAAUUCUGGGACUCGGGCACCUGUCUGGCAAAGAGCGGGUGGAUGCCAUUCUGAAGCUUUCAGCGGCAGAGAUACUGGAAAAGUUACCCCCUGGCCUCCCCUUCAUGCCCGUGCUAGAUCCGACGACGCUGAAGAACGAAGUCAGUUUCGCGCAAGUUCUUUCUGGCAACGGUCUGAGCCACUGCAAAGACGUAGCCUUACUGAUCGGUAAUCUCGAUAUGGAUGCUAGCGUCUUCGAUACGCUUUUGGUCGGCAAGAAGCAAGGAGCCCUGGAGCGCUUCAAAGCAAUUGCCAUGGAAGCAAUUCCGGACCACGCCUCGAAGCUGCUGGCCGCCUACAAGAUAGAAGACGGCAUGAGCGAAGAUGCUGCAUGGCGCUCUCUGAUGCAUCUCUCAAGCGACAUCAACUUUCAAGCUCCGACAGAAGCCUACGCUUCUGUUUGGCCGUCAACGGUCUACAAAUAUAAGCUCCGAGAGCCAAACCCGUGGGAUGGUCCGUGGAAAGGCUACUCGACUCAUGUUCUUGAUGUCGCAUUCCUAUUCCAGAACUACAACGAGCGCCUGGCGGCACCACAGGUCGAUGUGGCAGUCCAGUAUGCAACAGAUGUGAUUUCGUUCAUAAACUUCAAGGCGCCCUUCCCGUCUUACGACAAAGAGAAGGCUUAUACGAAGGAGUACCUCUCUGACCAUGGCAAGGAACAAUUGGUGGCCAGGGGGGCGGGUGAUGGAGAGAUAUGGCCGGAGAUGUUCGCCCAGAUCGGCUUGGAUACUCUCUCUGAAAUCUGGGGCAAGUUCGUGACUUCCUAG